AUGACAAAACCCACUAAUAGCUCGAGCGCAGACGCCAAAAACGGGACACUGAAGUCUUCCAAGAAGGCAGUUCUAGAAAACGCACAAUCCAACACAGACAACACAGAGAAAAACGAGUCCGACGAUGACUACGACGAAGAAAACGACGACGACUACGAUCCAUCGAAAGCCGAAGAGAAAAACGCCCAGGAAUCAUCCGAUGACGAGGAUGUUCCAGACUAUUCUGCCGUCUCUGGUGUAAGCCAAGUAAAGACACGAGGACAGAUAUAUUCCAAUGCUGCCAGCGGAAAGAGUUCAAGUGUAUCUGGACUAGUUCAAGAUUAUCUGCGAGUGGACGUGGAUGCGUUGUUUGGAUCUUUAGAAAAUGAUGAUUCUUCUGAAUGGCGCCUGCUAAUACAAGCCGAUGACGGAACAGCAGGCAAAGAUGCUGGCCGUAGAAACCAGCCCACUUCAAGUCUAUCUGUAAACGAAGAGGAGGAACAGAUUCGCAUUGUUACCACAUACACAUUUGCAGGCCGCUUGGUUCGUGAAUCUAAGUUGGUCGCAGCAGACAGCGCAGAGGCCAGAGCAUACCUUAAUUCCACGAGUGGUUUGAUGGCUUCUGAAGAUGAUAACGAGAACCACAAGAGUUCGGUCACAGUACUACGUAAGGUUCAAGGCACAGACGAAGAACGACCUCUCCGUAUCAAAUUGAAGCGCUCGUCUCUCAUUGACAAAUUCUUGGCCAGAGAUAAGAAGAACAAAUUGACGACUCUAGAGAAGUCCAGAUUGGAUUGGGCGUCUUUUGUUGACAAGAAGAAAAUCAAGGACGACUUGGCUCAGCACAACAAGGGUGGUUACUUGGAGAAACAGGCAUUCUUGGACCGUGUCGAAAACAACAGGGAUUUACAAUAUCAGCAGGCUAAGGAUCUUGAUAGACAGCAACAAUGGCAACAGCUGCAAAAGGCAGCUCAAUAG